AUGCUGCUCUUCCUUAUCAUUCUGUUGCCAGUAGUUUUUAAAUUUAGUUUUGUUAGUCUCUCAGUACUGCAAGGCUGGGACUGUUCUGAAGGCUCUUCCUCAGGAAAGGGGAAUUCUACUUGUGUGGGUCCUGAACCCUUCUUAAUUUUCUCCCAUGGAGGCAGUAUCUUUAGGAUUGACCUGGAUGGAACUAAUUAUGAGCAGUUGGUGGCUGAUGCUGGUGUAUCAGUGAUCAUGGAUUUUCAUUACUAUAAGGAAAGACUCUAUUGGGUAGAUCUAGAACGGCAACUUUUGCAAAGAGUUUUUCUGAAUGGGACAAGGCAAGAGACAGUAUGCAAUAUAGAGAAAAAUGUUUCAGGAAUGGCAAUAAAUUGGAUAAAUGAAGAACUUAUUUGGUCAAAUCAACAGGAAGGAAUCAUUACAGUAACAGACAUGAAAGGAAACAAUUCCCGUGUUCUCUUAAGCGCCUUAAAAUAUCCUGCAAAUGUAGCAAUUGAUCCAGUAGAAAGGUUUAUAUUUUGGUCUUCAGAGGUGGCUGGCAGACUCCACAGAGCAGAUCUCAAUGGUGUGGAAGUGAAGAUUCUGUUAGAGACGUCAGAAAGAAUAACCGCUGUGUCACUGGAUGUGCUUGAUAAACGGCUUUUUUGGAUUCAGAACAAUAGAGAUGGAAGCAAUUCUUAUAUUUGUUCCUGUAAUUAUGAUGGAGGUUCUGUACAUUUUAACAAACACCUUACGCAGCACAGUUUGUUUGCAAUGUCCCUUUUUGGUGAUCGUAUCUUCUAUUCAACAUGGAAAAAGAAGACAAUUUGGAUAGCUAACAAACACACUGGGAAGGAUAUGGUUAGAAUCAACCUCAAUCCAUCAUUUGUACCACCUGGUGGAAUCAAAGUAGUGCAUCCACUUUUACAGCCCAAGGCAGAGAGUGAUGCUUGGGCACCUGGUCAGAAACUCUGCAAGCUGAGGAAAGGUAACUGCACAGGCAGCGUGUGUGAGCAAGACUCUAAGUCCCAUUUGUGCACGUGUGCGGAGGGGUAUACUUUAAGCCCAGAUGGAAAGCACUGUGAAGAUGUCAAUGAAUGUGCCUUUUGGAAUCAUGGCUGUACUCUUGGGUGUGAAAACAUUCCUGGAUCUUAUUAUUGCACAUGCCCUGUAGGAUUUAUUCUGCUUCCUGAUGGGAAACGGUGUCAUCAAUUAAUUUCCUGUCCAAGCAAUACAUCUAAAUGUAGCCAUGACUGUGUUCUGACAUCAGAUGGUCCUAUAUGUUUCUGUCCUGAAGGCUCAGUGCUUGAGACAGAUGGAAAAACAUGCAGUGGCUGUUCAUCACCCGAUAAUGGUGGAUGUAGCCAACUCUGCCUCCCUCUUAGCCCAGUAUCCUGGGAAUGUGGUUGCUUUCCUGGGUAUGACCUACAACUGGACAAAAAAAGUUGUGCAGCAUCAGGACCACAGCCAUUUUUGCUGUUUGCCAAUUCUCAAGAUAUUCGACAUGUGCGUUUUGAUGGAACAGAUUAUGGAUCCCUGCUCAGCCAGCAAAUGGGAAUGGUUUUUGCCCUUGAUCACGACCCUGUGGAAAAUAAGAUAUAUUUUGCCCAUACAGCCCUGAAGUGGAUAGAGAGAGCUAAUAUGGAUGGUUCUCAGCGAGAAAGGCUUAUUGAGGAAGCAGUAGAUGUGCCAGAAGGUCUUGCCAUAGACUGGAUUGACCGUAAAUUCUACUGGACAGACAGAGGGAAAUCUCUCAUUGAAGGGAGUGAUUUAAAUGGAAAGCAUCGUGAAAUAAUCAUCAAGGAGGAGGUCUCUCAGCCACGAGGAAUUGCUGUCCAUCCAAUGGCCAAGCGAUUAUUCUGGACUGAUAUGGGGAUUAAUCCACGAAUUGAAAGUUCUUCCCUUCAAGGCAUUGGCCGACGGGUUAUAGCUAGUUCUGAUCUGGUCUGGCCCAGUGGAAUAACGAUUGAUUACUUAACUGACAAAUUGUAUUGGUGUGAUGCCAAGCAGUCUGUGAUCGAAAUGGCCAAUCUGGAUGGUUCAAAACGCCAAAGACUUGCCCAGAACGAUGUAGGUCACCCUUUUGCUAUAGCUGUGUUUGAGGAUCACGUGUGGUUCUCUGAUUGGACUAUGCCAUCGGUAAUAAGGGUGAACAAGAGGACUGGCAAAAAUAGGGUACGUCUCCGAGGCAGCAUGCUGAAGCCUUCAUCACUGGUUGUAGUUCAUCCAUUGGCAAAACCAGGAUCAGAUCCCUGCUUACACCAAAAUGGAGGCUGUGAACAUAUUUGCAAAGAGAGGUUUGGAUCUACUCAGUGUUUGUGUCGUGAAGGUUUUGUGAAAGCCCCAGAUGGGAAAAUGUGUCUGGCCCUCAAUGGCCAUCAGAUACCACUGGCAGUAGGUAGUGAAGCAGAUCUAAGUAACCAAGUAACGCCACUGGAUGUCUUAUCCAGGAAUAGAGGAUCUGAAGAUAACAGUACAGAAUCCCAACAUACGCUAGUGGCUGAGAUCAUGGUGUCAGAUAAUGACGACUGUGGUCCUAUAAGAUGUGGUACAUGGGCUCAGUGUGUUUCAGAAGGAGAAAAUGCCACAUGUCAGUGUUUGAAAGGAUUUACUGGUGAUGGAAAACUAUGUUCUGAUAUAAAUGAGUGUGGGACAAGCACCACCGUUUGCCCUCCCACCUCCUCCAAGUGCAUCAACACUGAAGGCGGCUACGUUUGCCAGUGCUCAGAAGGCUACCGGGGAGAUGGGAUUCACUGUCUUGAUAUUGAUGAGUGCCAGUUGGGCAUACACACCUGUGGGGAAAAUGCCACCUGUACAAAUAUGGAGGGAAACUACACCUGCAUGUGUGCCGGCACCCUGUCUGAACCUGGACAGAUAUGUCCUGACUCUACUCCUCCUUCUGUUCUCAUGGAGGAUGGCCGCUAUUCUGUGAGAAACAGUUACCAGGAAUGCCCCCCAUCCUAUGACGGGUACUGCCUCUAUAACGGUGUGUGUAUGUAUAUUGAAGCAGUGGACAGAUACGCAUGCAACUGUGUUUUUGGCUAUGUUGGGGAGCGAUGUCAGCACCGGGACUUGAAAUGGGAACUGCGCCACGCUGGCCAAGGGAGACAGCGGCAAGUCACUGUGGUGGCCGUCUGCGUGGUGGCGCUCGUCUUGCUGCUGCUGCUGGGGCUGUGGGGGGCGCACUGCUACAGAACUAAGAAGCUACCAUCAAAAAAUUUGAAGAAUCCUUAUGAAGAGUCGAGCAGAGAAGUUAGUAGGCCUACAGACAGCGAGGUCGGGAUGGCCUCUUGUCCCCAACCUUGGUUUGUGGUUAUAAAGGAACACCAAAAUCUCAGGAAUGGAAGUCAAUCUAUGGCCCUCAAGGACAGUGAGGCAGCAGAUGUUAGCCAGUUUUCCUCUCGGGAGACAGGGUCAGUGCAACUGCCAUCACGGAGAAAUGAACCCCAGGUGUACAUGGGCGCAGAGCAAGGCUGCUGCAUUCCACCAUCCAGUGAUAAAGGCUCUGGUCCCCAUGGAAUGCAGUGGGGUUUUCAUCUCCCUUCCUGUGAGGCACAGCCCAUUGCUCUGGGGGUUGAGAAGUCACAAUCUCUCUUGUCAGCAAACCCCAUACUGCAACAAAGGGCCUCAGAUCUACCACACCAAAAGAAGCUGACUCAGUGAACACUGGAAUUGAAAGGAAGGUCAAGAGGUAUAAAC